AUGGACUUCUACAGAGAUGCCACAUGGGUUUUGGAGUAUAUGGAGCAGCAGGAUGCCAAGGGUAGGAUCUCGGGGUCCCUCCAGACGCUCGUAUUGAAAUCGUGCAAAGUAUACAAGAUCAAGAGCAAUCCCAGGCAUAUUUAUGCUGUUUUGGAUUCAUGUUGGAAGUACAAACCGUAUCUGGAGAAAGUUAUGAAGAAGAGUGGGAUCCUAGAUGAGAUCCCAAAGCGGAAGGGAAAACCAAUGUAUACAAGACUGACGUUGUUAUUGUUAUGUCAUGAUUUAUUACUAUCCAAAUCCAUGAGAAUACAGAUGGGGAAACAUCCCAUUAAAUCGUACGUCUUACAAUUUAAGACAAGGUUAAAGGCUGAGAUGGUGAAGUUGAAGUUGAAGCUAAAAGUUCGUAAUUUGUCGGAGUUAUUCGAGAAAGAUGACUUGGAAAAUGAUGUCACACCUGUAAGAUGGAUUAGAAUCAAUCCAUUGAGAUGUCCUGAACACAAUGUUGAAUCUGUACUUUCUGAAUUGAAUAGAAAAUUCCCAAAUAGAGUAGAUCGCUGGCAAGAUAUUAAAGCUGGGACAAUAUACUAUGAUGAAUAUGUUCCUCAUUUGUUCGGUAUCCAUCCACACGAUAAGAUUACAUCUCAUGAACUGUAUAAACGUGGGAAGGUCAUCAUUCAGGACCGUGCCUCAUGUUUCCCUGCUACAAUUUUAAACGCAACAGCCAAGGAUGUCAUAAUUGAUGCAUGUGCUGCUCCCGGUAACAAGACUACUCAUGUAGCAUCAUAUAUGUUUGGCGGAGAAGAUAUCAAGUCUAUGCCGCAUGAUGUUAAACCUCAAAUUUUUGCAUUUGAAAAGGAUCCAGAUAGAGCCAAGAUCUUGCAGACAAUGAUCAAAGUAGCUGGAUGUUCUCAGAACAUACAAGUCAAUGUCGGAGAUUUCACGAAAUUGGCAACUCCAACUGCGUUCAAGGGUGUUACAGGGUUGAUUGUAGAUCCAAGUUGUUCCGGAAGUGGUAUCUUUGGUAGAAAAUAUGUCGAUUCCUUGAAUCGUAAAAAAGCUCAAUCAGAACAGAACAAUAAAUCCAGUAAUGACCUUGAUGACGAUGCUAUCCCCAAAGAACAAGAAGAUGAAGAAGGAGAUGAUGAUGAAGAAGUUGGUGAAAAUGGUAUGCCAAAACACGUUUCCAAGAAGGAUGCUUUGGAGAGAAGACUUUCUAAAUUAUCAUCAUUUCAAUUCCAAGUCGUCAAGCACGCAAUGAGUUUUCCACAUGCUACUAAGAUCGUUUAUAGUACAUGUUCUAUUCAUGCUGAAGAAAAUGAACGUGUGGUGAUUGAUUUGUUGAUGGAUAAGAAAGUUCAAGAACAAGGCUGGACUGUUAGUAAAAGAGACUCUGUUAUACCGGCAUGGCCUCGUAGAGGUCUUGUUUCUGAAUUUCAAGAAGUAUUUACGGAUGAUCAAGAGAAAUGUGAACAGAUGGCAGGUGGUUGUAUUAGGGCUUUACCAAGAGAAGAUGGUGGUAUUGGUUUCUUUGCUGUGAGUUUCGAGAGAACUUUAUAG